CGCGCGGGCGGAAGUACCUAAGAUGGCGUUUUGAGGUUGUUGGUGGUGCGGAUCGAGGCGGCUCGCACCAUGGCGGAGAAGUUUGACAGCCUGGAGGAGCAUCUGGAGAAAUUCAUCGAGAACAUUCGACAGCUUGGCAUAAUUGUCAGCGACUUCCAGCCCAGCAGCCAGGCGGGCCUCAACCAGAAAUUAAAUUCUAUGAUUACGGGAUUACAAGACGUUGACAAAUGCCGACAACAGCUGCAUGAUAUUAAUGUACCACUGGAAGUAUUUGAGUACAUUGAUCAAGGUCGAAAUCCUCAACUUUACACCAAAGAAUGCCUGGAGAGAGCCUUGGCCAAGAAUGAACAAGUCAAAGGGAAAAUUGAUACCUUGAAGAAAUUCAAGGGACUUCUGAUUCACGAACUGAGCAAGGUUUUUCCUGAAGAAAUGUCCAAAUACCGAGCUAUCCGAUGUGAAGAUCAUCUGCCCACGUAGCUAGACCCAAUGUGUUUUAUUUCGCAAAACUAUAUUGCUUCCUUUUUCCAGGAAACCAACCCGAUUGUGGCUAGCUUUUUGUAGCCAGAUAAAUUAUUCUUGACUGCUUUGAAGGAAUACAUGACAUACAGUAGAAUAUCACUGAGAAAGCAUAAAAAUGCCUUUUUUACAUUCUGGAUGCAUUAGUGCUUACAUUGAAUGGAUUUAGUUGGUAUGUGGUUGACAUUACGGCAACAUCUGAAAUGUGUGGGGUAGACAAAUUUAGUUUAAAACUGAUUUUGAGAUACUUUUGUACCAAUGUACAUGAAUUCAUUUUCUAUAUUGCUGGACUGUGCAGCAAUUUUUGUAAUAAAAUAAGUUGUUUGCUACCAGAAUGCUUAAUGGAAUUUUGUUUUUACAUGUUUUAUUUGUUAUCAAUUAUACAAAUUACAAUUAACUGGUAAGUAAUUUGAAAAUAAUCCAGAGUGCAAAGAGCUAGUUAGGAUUACCAUAAAAAUCUGCAAUUUUAUAGUGUCCAGCGGGCAUUACCAUUAGGAGCAAUUUUCUUUCUUUACACAGUCAUAGAGCAUGCAAGUUGUCCCUUCACUCCGCUAUGUCUGCCUGCUCAUCAAGUUUCUGUUUGUAUUAAUCUCUUUAUUUUUUUUUCCCUCACACUGCCAUUCAUUCUGCCCAGAGUGUAUCUGUCACCACAGAAGGGGCAACUUACAGUGGCCAAUUAGUUUACUAAUCCAUACAUCGUUGGGAUGUGGGGGCAGUCAAUAGCGCCCAGAGGAAACCCACACGGCCACAGGGAGAAUGUUAACUUCAUACACAACACCCAAGGUCAGGAUUGAACCUAGGUUUCUGGGACCAGGAGGCAGCAUCUGUAUCUCCAAAGCACUAAUAAAUACCUCUGGAAUCAUACCCACAUUUCAGUACUUGAUAGCAUAUCCUUAGAAAACUGCCAGUUACUGUCAAAUAACAGUUUUCUAGCAAUUCCUUGUACUGCGGAAAGGGUGUGGAGAAAAUGUUUUUUCUGUUAAGGGUUGGAUUUCUACUGAAAGCACGUACUUGAACAAAAUUGUUUUUAAACUAUAUGCUGUCAUAUUAGAAAUCCAUUUGGAAAUUAAUAAAAUAAGUGUCUUUGAACAAGAUAAUUUCCAACUAAAAGUGCA